AUGAUAGAUAUUAACAAACGAGCGUUUUGCCAUUUUACACUCAAGGAUAUAUUAAGUAUUAUAUCGUCAGUUGCUAUACCCAUAGCUCUUGCUAUUUAUACUUCAAUUGGAUCUGAACAACAAAAACAACAAGCUGAGAAGAAACAAAAGUUUGAUUUUGAACAAUCAAGAGAAUUAAGACAACAAACACUUUAUGAUGAAUUUUUAAAUAAUAUUUAUAAAUUAGAUAAAGAUGGUUAUCUUAAUGACAUAAAAAAUCCAUGGGCAUUUGCAAAUGCAUAUUAUCGUGCUGCUCAUCGCCAAUGGGAUACAAUACGUAAUGCAGAUGUUAUACAAUUUCUUAAAGAAAAACAAUUAAUUGGUAGAAAUAAUUGUAGUAAUGGAUGUCGAACGACAAAAUUAGAUGAUAUAAUUCGUUUGAAUGAAUUAAGUUUUGAUAAUGUACGUCUAACAAGUGAAACUGGUGUAUUAAAUAAGUUGAAUUUACAAUGCAUUUCAUUUGAUCAAAUAUCAAUGUCAAAUGGAGAGUUUUUAUCUGUUAAUUUAAAUGGUGUGUCAUUUGAUGGAGCACGGUUAGAUAACGUGAAAUUUGAUGGUUCAUCUUUAGUUUGUGUUAGUUUUAAUGGUGCAAAUCUGACAGGUGCACACUUUUCAAACAGUGAUUUGUCAGAAGCUAAAAUAACGGAAGAACAAAUAAAGCAGGCAUACUUUUAUAAUGUAACUAUGCCAAACGGAAAGAAGAGUGAAACUACAUCUUCAACAACAACAAAAAAAUCUAUAACACAAACAACAACGAUAAUAAAAACAGAAAUGUCAACAACAACAUCAUCAUCAACAACAUCAUCGACAUCAACGCCAUCAACAACUACAACAAUAUCAUCAUCAACAACAACAUCAACUUCGACAACAUCAUUAACAACAACAUCAACUUCGACAAGAACAUCAACUUCAACAACAUCAACAUCAACUACAACUUCAAUAACAUCGUCAACAGAAGCAGCAAUAGAAGCGACAUCAUCAAUAGCAGCAGCAAUAGAAGCAACAUCAGAAGCAAUAGAAGCAACAUCAGCAGCAACAAACAUUACCUACAAUCUUUUUCUUAAUGAAACUACUUACUCAGUUGGCACUAAACCAGAAGCAGUAGCAGUCGCUGAUGUGAAUAGCGAUAACAAACCCGAUAUUGUUGUUGCAAACUAUGUUUCGAACACCGUCAGUGUUCUUCUCAACGAGGGCAAUGGCAUCUUCAAUGCACAAACUACUUACUUAGUUGGCUCUUCUCCAUACUCAGUAGCAGUCGUCGACGUGAAUACCGACAACAAACCCGAUAUUAUUGUUACAAACUCUAAUUCGGACAACGUCAGUGUUCUUCUCAACGCAGGCAAUGGUACCUUUAAUACUUCAGCGACUUACUCAGUUGGCUCUUCACCAUACUCAGUAGCAGUCGUCGAUGUGAAUGGCGAUAAUAAAUCCGAUAUUAUUGUUGCAAAUUAUGGUUUGAACAACGUCGGUGUCCUGCUCAACGCAGGUAGUGGAACCUUUAAUGCGCAAACUAUUUACCCAGUUGGCACUUUUCCAUGGUCAGUAGCAGUCACCGAUGUGAAUAGUGACAAUCAGCCUGAUAUUAUUGUUACAAACUCUGAUUCGAACGACGUCAAUGUUCUGCUCAAUGCAAGCAGUGGCACCUUUAAUAUUCAAAUUACUUACGCAGUUAGCUCUUCUCCAUCAUCAGUAGCAGUCAUCGAUGUGAAUAACGAUAAUAAACCCGAUAUUAUUGUUGCAAAAUCUGCUUCGAGCAACGUCGGUGUUCUCUUACAUUGUUAA